GUGACGCAAUUACCCUCUCCAGAUACAUACAAAUACUGGCGCUACCACUCGUGAGUCGAUCGAGACCAGAAGAUAUUUGGAUGGGAUGCUCGCAGCGGACGAGUGCUAGCAGUGGCACGGGCGGCAGUGCAGAGAAGUAGAGGAAGUAGAGCACGCAGUGGCAGCGGCAGGGCGUGGCGAGAGCUUGACGCGGCAACCACCACCACCACGCCCCGCCGAGCUAGCUGACCAGAGAGGGAAUCGAUCAGGGAGGGAGAGCUCAUCGAUCAGCUGAUGAGCAGCUCGCUCGCCAUGUAUGUGUAUGCUUUUCCUGCCUGCCGGUGCCGUCGCCCCCACCUUUUUCCCGUUUCCUGCUUGCUUUUUGCUGCCGGCGAUGAGAUCUUUGGUUUGGUUGGUUUCUUUAAGACCCCGGCGUCCAAAUCACCCCGCCUUUUGAUCCCAAUUUCCUCCUUUUCCCUGCCCUCCCAACACAAAGCAAGAUUCUUGCUUGUGCCAGGUAAAGGGGCCUAUAGCUAGCUGCUACUAUUGCCUAGCCGCUCCUCUUGCCCGGAUUGCAUGCUACUUGCAAUUUUGACUUGAUCAUUGCAUAUGUUUUCUGUGUCUGUCUCUCUCGAUCCAUCGUAUCGGCGCUGAACGAUGAGCGAGCGAGUGCUAUUACCAGCUAGUAGCGCCAUGGAUCACUGCUGCUCUCUGCUGGUACUUCAGCUCAGUACUAACGUAACUGCCUCCCUCCUCUUCUUCUUCCUCUCUUCUAGUUCUGUCAGGAAAGAUUUGGUCGGCCAGGCUCUCCCUCUGAAGGACUGAGACGCCAGCCACUUUGCACCACAAAAGGAGGAAGCCUUACUUUUGGUGUGGCCUGGCAGCCGCGCGCCGAUCGAGCCUGACGGAGAUGGCGCACGAUCCCAGCCUGGGCUUCGCGGACUACUUCUCGGCGGCGGCGGACGCCGCGGCGAUGGAGGAGGGGGCGCCCGAGCUGUACGGCUUGCACGCCGACAUGGAGUUCCUCGCCAUGCGAGGAGGCCUGCCCGCCAUGCCAGCCGCGGCGCACGGCCAUGGUCACAGCAAGGCCGUGCUCGACGACGCGGGGCCAGAGGGCGGCUCCACGAACGCGGGCACCAUGCAGUUCCUGAGCGCCGGCGGCCAUCACCAGCAGCAACCGAGCCAGGCGCAGGGGCCGCUGUCGCUGUCGCUGUGCCGGCCCGAUGGUGGUGGCGGCGUGGGCCUGACGUUGCACGAGCACCUCGGCGGAUCGUCCCGGCACCACCAGCAGCAGCCGCCCCCCGCCUCGUGGAUGCAGCACGACUACUCGGCGCCCACGCAGGGGACGCAGCACGCGGCCGCGUGGCACCUGCGCAGCUCGAGGUUCCUCCUCCCGGCGCAGCAGCUGCUGCAGGAGUUCUGCAGCCUCCCCGUCGACAGCGCCGCCAAAAACAAGCGCGCCAAGCAGGCAUCAACGGCAAAGCCGUCGUCGCAGCAGCAGCAAGAAGACGGGGGCGGCGAGGGUUCGUCGUCGUCGGCCUCCUGGGCCCCGUCGCCGCAGAUCCAGGCCAUGAACGCGCUGGAGCUGCAGCGGCUCAAGGACAAGCUCUACAUCAUGCUGGAAGAGGUGGACCGGAGAUACAGGAGGUACUGCGAGCAGAUGCGGUCGCUGGCGGGCGGGUUCGAGGCGGUGGCCGGGGAGCGCGCGGCGGCGGCGUACACGGCGCUGGCGUCGCGCACCAUCUCGCGGCACUUCCGGAGCCUGCGGGACGGGAUCGUGGCGCAGCUGCAGGCGGCGCGCAAGGCGCUCGGGGAGAAGGACGUGUCCGUGCCCGGGAUGACGCGCGGGGACACGCCCCGGCUGCGGGUGCUCGACCAGUGCAUCCGCCAGCAGAAGGCGCUCAGCCAGGCCGGCAUGAUGGAGAGCCACCCCUGGCGACCGCAGCGCGGCCUACCCGAGCGCGCAGUCACCAUCCUCCGGGCCUGGCUGUUCGAACACUUCCUGCACCCGUAUCCAAGCGACGUGGAUAAGCACAUUCUGGCUCGCCAGACGGGCCUCUCGCGGAGCCAGGUGUCCAACUGGUUCAUCAAUGCGCGGGUCAGGCUGUGGAAGCCCAUGGUGGAGGAGAUGUACGUGGAGGAGAUGAAGGACGGCCAGCAGCAGGACGGCGGCGGUGCCAGCGCGGGGCAGCAGAUCAGCACAAACCCUAACCCUAGCAUCAGCAGCGAGGCGGCUGAUGGCGGGGACAAAGGUGUCGACCGGAAGCCGACGCGGGCGCAGCUCAUGCACGACGCGGGGUCCCUCGCCUCGGUCGUGAACAUCGGAGGCGCGGGCGCGGGCGCCGGCGUCUCGAACUUGGGCAUCAUGGACCACCUGGACUUCGACUCGUACGGCGCCGGGGACCAGCAGCAGGCUGGGGGCUUCGGCGGCGUGUCCCUGACGCUGGGCCUGCAGCAGCACGACUCCCACGACGGCGGCGGCGUGAACAUCGCGUUCGGCGCGCCGCCGCCGCCCGCGCACCACCACCACCACGGCGGCGCCGCGGGGUAUCUGUUCGCGACGGCGGGCGGGCAGCAGGUGAUGGACAGCGGCGUGCACCCGGGGCCGCACGCCCAAUUCGGCGCGGCGGGCGGCAUAGACAGCGAGGCGCAGGAGCACUACCGGAGCCUGGGCGCCGGGUUCCACCUUCUGCGUGACCUGGCCGGGUGAUAGCUAGAUCGAGCUCGCUGCGGAUGAGUUGUGACCGAUGGGGAUGUCGUACCGGCGUCUAGCGUCCAGUCCGGUGGCGCGCGCGCUACCGCAUUUGUUUGGCUCCCCCGGCUGGCCGGCCGGCGCGUGGCAGGUGAGGUCUCCAUCGAUCGCCACCGCGCGCCGAGUUGGCCUGCCUGCUGUGUUAUUAUGUAGCGUGUACGCCGGAUCGAGCAGUUUGGACGCGCGCAGGCGGCGCACUAGCCGGCCGGGCCGGAGCUGUAUAGGUAUAGCUAGUGGACGACACACGCAUGCUGCAUGCGGCUAGCUUAAUUGUUUGUCGAUCAAAUUGGUGAAGCAAGGGAUUCAGAAAACUCAAUUUAUGCCAGGCGAUAGAUGUGUUGCUCCGUCACAUCAGUUCAUGCAUGCUAGUACAUUGGCACUGCAGAAGACGGUUACCGUUGGCUCU